AUGUCUCUAAGUUAUAAUUCGGAAUUUUCUCAGCCAAGCGGUAAUAUAGUUACUGAUGAAUCAAGUGACUCUGAAUCUACUGUCAAAACCAAAGCAGCUUAUAGUUUUAUGGAAAAAAGAGAAAAAUACAAAGUGAUAGUUGACGGUGUAGACUGUACUCCAGAUAAUAUUGUCGAUAAUGAUUUUGUCACAAUGCAAGAUACCUUUACACACGCUGCUCUUGAUAGUAGACCAAGAGCUCGGAGCGAGGUGGCGUUAAAAGAAGCCAAAAGUAGGACUAGAUCUGCCUUAGAUACGGGGAUGAAAGUGUAUGCGACCACAAUCUCCCUUGACGACAUUUAUAUCGACCACACAUUGAAUACUGAAGAAGGUUUUACAUCCGACGAACUAGAUUUGGAAAUCGCUCCCUCCGCUUUUUAUUUGCCGAAAAUGAAUCCUAUAACGUCGUAUCCACCUGAAAUAUCCAUAACAUUAAAAGAGACGGAAACAUAUUUUCUGUUUGAAUUACCAACAACUUCAUACGAGAAAGGGACUUCGGAGGCCACAGCGGUAGAAGAAGAAAAUGAGUUCUAUCAAUAUAUAACAGUAGGAAAAGGAAAAAACCGAAAGAUGGUGACAGAGGAAACUCAAACUAAGGAAUGUGUCUCGCAAACUAGACACACACUAGCUACCAGGCCGCAAAAGAAAAAUGCAAUUAGUUUUGCUUCUAUGUGGGAUAUGCAUGACACUUACGCACGUCUCGCUCGAGUGAAGGCUGAAGAAAAACCUGACGAAAUGACAAAUAUGACCCCAGCAACGAACGACGCGGGAAAACUUUUGACGAAAAUAUAUAACACCCCACAGUUUUUAGAUGCGAUUCUUUUAACGGAGAGGGUUCUUUCAACAUUGAAAUAUGAUAAGGAACAGAAGACGUUCCGAGGUCUCGUGAAGAUGGACCCGCUCUCGUUAGAUUUAAUUUAUAUAUAUAGUAUGAAGCCUUUGUGGACACUCGAAUGUCCCGAAGCGGAAAAUAGACCCAUAACAAGCAUCACAUUCAAUCCUAAGAAUAACGAUAUUUUGGCGGUAGGACAUGGAAAGUUCACUUAUGCGGAAAAACAUACUGGAUUAAUAUGUGUUUGGUGUACUAAAAAUCCAUGUAAACCAGAGAGAUUAUAUAACUUUCAAGACCCUUUAACGUCGGUAGCAUUCGCGGAUGUAAAUCCAAAUUGGUUAGCAUGUGGAUUUUCUAAUGGGGACGUCUUGAUUUUAGAUGUUAUUUCUUAUCCCAUCAAAAUAAUUGCUCAAAGCAAACGCGAUACGAAUCCUUGUUUCGAACCGAUUUGGACAACAAGUUGGCGGACAGGUGAAAACGAGCAUCAAUUUGUUAUGACUACGUGUCAGGACGGUAGGAUCAAUAGAUUCACGAGCACAAAAACACACGACUUUAUUUGCUCGCCAAUGAUGCGCAUAUCAACUGUUGAGGGUAAAAUGAAAGGUAUAGAAGCACCGAGACAGUGUCAGAAGGAAGACGUGCCCAUAACAAGACAUCCGGCAGCUUUGUGUAUGAAAUGGCAUCCGAAUGUAGACCAUAUUUAUUUCGUCGGCACAGACGAGGGCUGCAUCCACAAAUGCUCGACGCACUACUUGAACCAGCAUAUGGAUGUAUUCAGAGCCCACUCUGGCCCUGUGUACGGCAUGGAGUUCUCUCCAUUCAUGGAUACCUUGCUAGUUACUUGUGGAGCUGACAGCGCGGUCAGGCUUUGGAUGGAAGGGAUAGAUGACGUCAUAUUAACUAUGAACUGCCCUACAGCGGUGUACGAUGUAGCUUUUUGCCCGGUCAAUUCUACUGUGAUAAUUUCUGUCAGUGGAAACGUACUAUCUAUUUGGGACCUUCGCAGAAAGAACCACAUGCCGUGCGCAGAGUACACUUUUCCAGGUCAAGUCGUUCUGACGUACAUAAAGUUUUCACCGUCAGGAGACAACGUGUUCGUCGGCGACACGUUAGGCCGUGUUCACACUUUCCAUCUGGAGGACACGCCUAUAGCACCAUUUUAUCAAAAGAAGCUUUUGGAUGAGACGAUUAAGAAGGCCCUGUGUACACGUCCCCUUAUAUUGAAGCAAUUGGAAAAGUUAGAAAAAUUCAGAGAGAAAUUUGGAAAAUAG